AGAUAAGCAAAUGUGCAGAACUUUAUACAGUCAUGUACACGCCGUAUUUACAAACGCAGCAAACAAAUUACAGAAUCGUAAAAUAUAGAAUAAUAAUUGUACUUUGGACAUAAACCAAUGGAAUCGUAUAACCAGUACGUUUAAAACAAUCAUAAAUAGACAUCUACGCAGCGAUAUUGAUACCAAUCCACGGAGUCAUUAAUGAUUGACGGAAAGUAACCACUGGUCUACAUGGAAUCACAGUCAUAUAUGGAAUUUACCUCGUCAACAUUUAGCGAAAAAAAGAAUAUAAAAUAUGGCGUCACUUGGAGUUUCAACAUUAUUUCGCUGUAUUUUCGCGGUAUUUUUCAUAACUGUGGUUAGAUCAGACGAAGAAGGUGCGAUACGUUUGAUGGAUGGAGCAUCCAGCGGCCGAUUGGAGAUCUUUCAUUUCGACGAGCCCGGCGCACACGGCGUAUGGGGAUCGAUUUGCAAAGACGGUUGGGGGUACGACGAGGCUCGGGUAGCUUGCCGCCAGUUGGGCUUCCCCUUCGUCACCACAUCCUUCAAGAUCCCUCUCUACGGACCAGGCAAUGGUCCUAUUCAUCUCAGCAAGGUUAAAUGCUCCGGUGUCGAACAAACCUUACUGUCAUGUCCACAGCUUCGCUGGGAUGAAAACGGAUGUAAUCAUACUGAUGUUGUUGGUGUCGAGUGCUCUUAUAUUCAGUCCAAUGACACGACCACUAAUACUUGGUACACCCCGCAGCCUGAUACACAACAAGGUGUAGCCCUUGUUGGUUGGGCCAUUGCAGUCGUCGUGAUGGGCGGUUUCUUAGUCCUGGGUAUAAUAGGCGUCUUUGUGGGUCUUUGCUGUUAUACCAAUCAACGACCUCCUCAAAACACCUUCUCAUCACCUCCGGUAUAUCUCACCGCAGGAGCCACUUCGAUAGGGCAACAAUCGGUUGAGCCCCCGCCAUCUUAUGACACGGUGUUAUCUGACUUUCCCGCAGAAAAGGAUUAAUAUUAAUUAAAAUACAAUGCCUCGUACACGGGAACACCGUAUAUCGAAGAAUUGGUUGUUAAUAAUGCGGAAUGAAUUUGGGGUCUGAACCUUUACAAACUCGUAUCGUCCGAAAAUGAAACAUAUAUACAUCACAUUUUGGGUAUAUGGCAUGUCAUUAAUAUAACUUAAAAACAAAAAAAGGUCCAAGAAUGGACCCUUGCGGAAUUCCGCAAUUGGAUAUUUUGAAAUUUGGAUUCAAUCUCAUCAGGUCUAUGUUCGCUAAACUAACUUCUUCUUUUUUCGAUGAUUUAGAUAACUUGAUAAAAACUUAAAACUUAAAGGAGCAUCUCUAAUUCCAUAAUGAUAUAUUUUAGGGAAUGAAACUUUAUGGUCUAUAUGUCAUCAAAAGCCUUGGUAAGGUCUAUUAAUACAUUGCGUGUGUAUUUCAUUUUGCUAUAUUUGUAUCAUUUGUAAAACUAAGUUUGACAGCAGCUGUGAUAUGUCCGGGUUGAAUCCAAAUUGAAUAUUCAUGAGAUUUAUGUUUUUCGAAAAAUCCGAUUCUUUUGCAAUUGCAUUUUUCUGAUUUGUUUAAAGGAAAUAGGGUAAUAAUCAAAACAUAAUUGCUCCGAUCCUUUUUUUAAAUCGGUGCUACUCGAGCUAUUUUCAUAUCUGAAGGAGAAUCCAAUUUGUAAUUCACGUGUUGAAUAUGAUUAAGUGUUCAAUAACAAGAUGAGUAACAUACUUUUACAGUUAUAUUAUCAAAAGCCCGUGUUUGCAUUAUUUUUUACUUUGUAAAAAAUGAUUAUUAUUAAUUGAUUUUUAAAAGAGUACGGUGUUCGAAUGUUUGAGAUAAUCGUUAAGCAUUAUCAGAAGUGCAUUUUUUAAGCUUGUAAAUUAUUGAAAAUAUUAUCAGACAUCAAAAGAUUUGGGGUUUCUUUCUUAAUAUUUAUACAAGCAUUAUCAACUUCUAGCGAAUCAAUUUGUUUUCCUUCUAAUUAUAUUUUAUACAGUUUAGGAGAUCAUUAAUAAGUCACACGUUUACUUGAUAGUGCAUUUUACUUUGAAAAAAUGUGAAAUUUCUUGAAGGUUUGUUCUUUAGAAAUGUUAUCUUGGAUUUUUCAAAUUAUAUGUUUCUAAAAAAAGUUGUUUCAUGACAGAGCAAUUUGUUUUUACGAUGAGAUUUUAUAGGAAAUGGAUCUUCAUAUUUGUCUGUAAAUAUGUGUGGUGGGAUGGAAAUUUUAAAUUUGUUAAUGUUUUCGUAAAAAGAAAAAAAAUCGUUUGCCUUUUUGCACAAUUCACAUUAAAUAAAAUGUUUAUUUCAGUUGUCAUUUUUUGUAGAUCAAGCUGAUUCCGAGUGUGAAUGGGCGAAAAUGUGAACCUCUGUUCAUUUUAGGAGUUUUGUUUGUAGUCGAGUUCUGUUAAAGGGCUACUCCAGGCUGAAAAUAUUUAUAUCUCAAUGGAGUAAAACUCACAGAGCAAAAUGCUGAAAAUUUCAUCAAAAUCUGGUAACAAAUAACGAAGUUAUUGAAUUUUAGAUAUUUGGUGCAAAUAGUUAUAUGCAUGUCAUCAUGAAUAUUCAUUAGGCGGGCUGAUGAUGUCACAUCCUCACUUUCUUUUUUCUUAUGCUAUUACAUGAAAUCAUAAUUGUUUUAUUUUUUCAUACAUGUGUGAAUAUUGUGUCUCCUCUACAGUGUGUAUCAAAAAAAGUUUACACUUUG